CGGACGUACGGCUCCCCUCGCGGACGUAGCGUCAGUCUUGUCGUGUAGGUCGAAGGGAGAAGUUCUUGUUAGUUGGAUUCUUGAUCGUACCUUGGCUUUCUUACUGCUGUUACUGCCACUACUACUAUUACUACUACUACUACACUACUAUUACUAUCACCUCUUCCACCACCACUACCACCACCUACACUAUAAUUUCUGCUACUACUAUUUCUUCUUUUUCUUUUUCUUUUUCUUAUCCUUAUCCUUAUCCUUAUCCUUAUCCUUAUCCUUAUUCUUGUCCUUCUUACUCCGUAUUUAACACGUUCGAAGUCGAUCGCGAAAUCAAGCGCGAUUAUCUCGUUCGUCGAAUUAACGAGACUUCAUGAAAUCGUGCGGGAUUUUUUUUUUUUUAUAUAUAUAUAUAUAUAUAAAAGAAAGAAAAGUUCGUGACAGUUUUUUAAUCGUAUUUAACGAUUAAUGUCGUGUUAUCGACGAAUAAGAGGUAUCACAUAAAUCUCCAUCAAUCGAGAACGAAUAUUGUUCGUCAAGUGUGAAACGUCGAAGAUAAAGGAUAAAGGAUAAGGAAAAGAAAAGAAAGAAAAAGAAAAGAAAAGAAAGAAAAGAAAAAACUGAAAUGCCAGUUCAGUUCGAUUCGUCUUUCGCUUUUAUAUAUCGUACGGAAUGAACGAAAGAUAUAUAAUAAGAAGAAGACCGAGAGGAUAAUAAAUGUCCCGUUACGUUUAUUAUCGUUGAUAUAUAUAUAUAUAUAUAUAUAUAUAUAUAUAUAUAUAUUAUAUACACAUAUAUAUAUAUAUAUAUAUACACACAUAAUUCAGAAGAUAUAACGAGGUGGACAAAGUGUUAUAUAAGGAAUUGGAAAAAAGAAAAAAGAAUCCGGUGGGGCGACGUGUAUCGGCAGUGUGAAAUUCUAACCUCGAAAUCGAGCGACGCCAUGCGGGUAAUGACGCGAUCCAGUAUCUCCAUCACAUCUUUCCAGCUCUUCGACUAAUAUCAAAUUUGUGAAUUUUCUCUCUUCCUCCUAUUUUCCUUACUCUCUUUCCUCUCUUUCUUUCUUUCUUUCUCUUUCAUUUCUUUUCAUUUUCUCUUUUUAUCUAUCCAUCCUUUUCUAUCUCAUUCUCUUCCGUUUCCGGUACUCCCAACGGAAAACUCCGCGGACUUUGACGAGGGUGAGAAGACACGAACUCAAAGUUCUUUGUUGGUAGCUGCUAUAGCUGCUGCUGCUGCUACUACUACUGCUGCUGGUGGUGUUACUGCUACUGCUCCUGGCUGGCUGGGUGCCUGGCUGGCUGGUUCAGCAUAACGAGCGGCGCGCGAGUUUUCAACGGCGUGGUGCGUGGUGCUCGUUGCGCUCGUGUGUGUCCUACGUCGUGCGUGUGUAAUACGUGCGUGUAACCGGUACAAAAGAGAGAAAGAGCGAGAGAGAGAGAGAGAGAGAGAGAGAGAGAAGUCGACGCCUCCUUUUGCGUCUCUCCCUCUCUCUCAUUCUCAUUCUCUUUCGCGUGCGUGCGUGCGUGCGUGCGUGUUUGUGCGUACGUGCGUGCGUGCGCGCAAGAGCGAGAGCGAGAGGAAUCGCGAGCGCGAGCAAGCGUGCUCGCGCGUACAUUCGCGACGUUUCUCUCCCCGUCUAUCAUUGUCUCGGCUCUUCGAGUGACUCGUGAAAAUUUUUUAUCGGCUUUUGUUUCGCGUCAAGCUGCGGAACACCACACGGGUGACAAUGAGGAGGGUGGACCCUCCUUCCUGCGAUAGCUCGGACCUCGAGAUUUGACGUCAUUUUUCUUUCUCUUCUUCCUCCCACCCCUAUCCUCAUUUUUUUCCUUCCUUUGCUUCUUUCUAUGACGUUUGACCUCUCAUCCUGGGCUACUUCGAUAAUCGAUCUCUUUUGGAUUAUAUACUACUACUACUACUACUCUCGAUCAUCAUCCAUCGCGCGUGAUAAUAUAAAAAUCCUUUGCAACCUUCUUCUACCCCUUGUUCGCCCGAAGAAGAUAUGCAGUCUAACACGAUACUACGUGACGUUGCCAACACGGAGAAGUUAAUGAGCAACAACAAUAAUAAUCUGAACAACAAUGGCUCCCCUGGCACCACCGACAUAAUGUUCCAGAUGGAGGAUGAGGGCCUCACGCAGUUGGGCAGCGUCUUUCAGUCAGCCUACCAAUCCAUCGUGGGUGGUGGACCACAGUAUGGCUCGGACGAAUUCGGACAAGACUCGCCGAGAUAUACAUCGCCUAAAGCUGCGGCCCUUUAUGCAGAUCCAUAUUAUAUCGAUGGGAAUGCAGCGGGUACGGGUCCAGGUGACCCAUGGACGGGAGGUGGCGGCGGAGUUCAGCCCCCCUACAGUGGAUACGCUCCCCCUCACCUAGCUCAACCGGCCUACCCCAUGCACCUACCCCAUGAUCCCAUGGCAUACUCGGCGAUGUCACCGAACGGUGAACCAGCGGCGCCAAUUCUUGGCUCAGCUGUAACCAGCGCGGCUUCGCUUCCGCCGAUGUCGACAUUCCGAGGUAGCGCCGCUGUUGCGGUAGCAGCGGCGAAUAGUGGCACUGGAGCACCUUCUCCGGCCUCUUUGCAAUAUAGUCAUAGUCCUGGUGCACCGACCACUGCUCCAUCGGCGCCAAACGCCGCACCCGCAAACAAUCAACAACCACCAACGGGGGACACCCUCGGCAAGACCCUUGCAUCUGUAGUGAGCACACGAAUCUAUCCCACGGACCAAUCAGUAUCGAGUUAUAGCAGCAACCCAUCCACACCAGUCAGUUCGCCACCACCCUUAACGGGAUCGGCACCAGGUUGGGCACCUGGUGCUGCACCGGUGUCGCCACACUUCACGGCAGAUCCAAACCGUGGCACCAUUCACAUGCCGGCGCCUGAACAGCAGAGGCUAGACGAUGCCAUCGGCUUCCUUCGCGACCACGCCGAGUUGGUACAGGGAACGCGGAUGGAGGAACGACUGGACGAUGCCAUAAACGUUCUCAGGAACCAUGCGGAAAGCCAAUUGGGCCUUCACUUAGGGCACGUUGGUCCACACGGUUCUAUUUAUUCUCACACAUCACCACCGCAGUUGGACCAUUUGACAAGUCCACAUCCUGCGGUAACGGUAGCGCAACCACCGGGUUCAUAUCCCGGUCUUACACCAACACCCGACACAGAUGGUUCUAUUAAAAUAGAAAGGUUACCUGUUACCAAUGCCAAAUACAUCUCUUUAGAAAAGAGAAAAGAUCCGCCGGACAGUAGCGGCGGUGAAACAAAACCUUCGAGUAGUGAAUUAGCAGCGGCCGGUGUAAUUGGUACGGCGACGGUUAAUUCGACGUCUCAAGGAAAAGGAACGAAGAGGUCGCGCAGGUAUUGUUCGAGUGCUGACGAAGAUUGUGAUGAUCCUGGCACCAAAGCGGUGCGUGAAAAAGAACGUCGACAAGCCAACAACGUUCGUGAAAGUUCGAGCGCUGAGGAUGAGGAUGACGACCCUGAUGUGAAAGCGCAAAGGGAGAAAGAGAGGCGACAAGCAAAUAAUGCUAGGGAAAGGAUACGUAUUAGGGACAUCAAUGAAGCUUUAAAAGAACUUGGAAGAAUGUGUAUGACACAUUUGAAAACGGACAAACCACAAACAAAACUUGGUAUCCUUAAUAUGGCCGUAGAAGUUAUCAUGACGCUUGAACAGCAAGUUAGAGAACGAAACCUUAAUCCAAAAGCAGCAUGUCUAAAAAGAAGAGAGGAAGAAAAAGCAGAAGAUGGACCAAAGUUACCUGGUCAUCUGGCGGCACACAUAACACAUCCACAUCCUCACCCUCAUGCACAUUCUCAACCACCUUUUCCCGCGAUGCCUGGUCCACCACCUUCCCUUCAGCACAAUCCAACGCAGCCACAGUAGCAGCGGCUCUGCGGCGGUAUCAUCCUGUGUUAAGGGGUAGAUACACCUUAAAAUUGGCUAGUCUACAAAUAUGACUUGUAUCCACUUAUCAAAACUUUUUCCUAUCCUUAUGGGCUAUUAAAGUAUAAAAAUAUUCAAUGGUAUUAUGUCGAUUGAAUGAAAAACUUCUCUUCCAUGUCGUUCAGUAUUUUAACAAUGAUGAUCUAUGAUUUUACAUAAAGGCUCAUUUAGAUUUCUUUUUACCUUUUUCUUUUUUAUUAUUAUUAUUAUUAUUAUUAUUAUUAUUAUUAUUAUUAUUUUUAUUAUUAUAAUUAUUAUAAUUACUAUCAUUCUUCUUCUUAUUAUUAUUAUUAGUUUUAAAAAUAUUUUUUAAAUGAUGCUGUAAAACGUAGUGCCUAUUAUGCAAAAAAUUGAAUCAUUAUUACGAGUGUAUGGAACAUUCAAUGAGACAUAUGUGAUCUUUUGACAUUUUUUUUUUUUUUUUUACGUCGGAUAAGGAAAGGAAAAAGUAUCGAUUUGUAGAGAUCCAAGCAUAGAACAGGUAGUCUUAAGAAGCAUCUACCCUUUUAAGGCGGCUUGAAAUUAUUUUUAUAAAUAGCAAGAAGACAAAGGAAUAUGGUUCCUCUCUUUCGAGAUAUAAAAGUUUGUAGUUAACGAUCGAGAUCUCACUAGCUCGAUCUAAGCCCCGUUGUCGGUAUAUAUUGACUCGCUUUUAUGACCUAAUAUAAAUCGAACUUACAGAGAAUCGUGGAAUUGAUGGUGUUUAAAAUUUAUCGACUAUACGGUGAUCAUUACAAUUUUCAGUAAUGUCACUUCGAUAGAUGAUUUAAGACUUACGGAAUGCGCCAUUUUACAUAUUUUAAUUGUAAUGCUAAAAGUAUCAAUCGUUUUCUUUUAUCGCUGAACGUUUCUUCAAUCAAACUUUCAAAAGUAGAUUUGUACAGAGAUGAUAUUGAAAAAAUUCUAUGUAAAAAAUAAUUGAAACUUAACGAUUUUGUUUUUAUUGAUAAGAACAAAAAGAAAAAAGUUCUCUUUUUUUUUUCUUUUUUUUUUUUUUUCUUUUUUUCUUUUUUUUCUUUUUUCUCUCCAAAGUAAUAUAACGGCACAUACCGAAGUGAAUACGAUUAUUGAUAAUCAUAGUCAGUUAUUUCUUGUUUCUUUGUUUGAAAUUUUGCAUAAUAGAGAUAUUUUUAUUUCCAAAGAAACUUGGAAAGAAACUUAUCGGCAUAUCAAUUGGAACUGUGAUAAAAUAGCAACAAAUAUUUAAGGAAUGUGGACGUAUUAUGCAACAGGUAUGAUUAACUGAAACGUCAAAAAAGAUACUUUACAUUGCGUAUGAUUUUUUUUUUUUGUAUUUAGAAACACUGCCGGAAUUAAAGCCGAACGUAAUUAAAUGAAACGAUUUGACGUUUUGGUUUCAAUGCGUUCAUUAGAUGGCUCUAGUUCUGUUUAUGUUCAUGAAUGUCGAUAAAGUUGCGGACUGUGUCAUGGAAUCGUUCGAAGCAGAAUUUGAUUUUAUCAAUGAUAAAAUUGAAAACAUAAAAGUCGCAUGUUUUGUGAGAAGUACACUUAAGACAUACUAUAUAGAUGGAAACUUUUUACAUUAUCAGAAAUCUAAUUACUGAAAGAUGAUCAUGGUAAAUAUACAGUCUUUGUAAAUAUGCCAUAGUGUUUGACGAUUCAACGCUUUAAGAAACGAGUUAUGUUAAGGUAAGAAGAAACCAACAGUACAUAUGUAUCCAACACUAAUUAAUUUUCAUAACUUAUUACUACAUGCAAUUACACAUCCAUGAAACUCUGUUAUCAGUGAUUAUGUAUGAUUUUCAUUUAAUGAUUCACUAUUACAUAGAUUUCAUUUUGAAAUCGAUCAAAAAAUUUUUUUUUUUUUUUUUUAAUUCCUUUUUUUAUUUUUUUUUUUUUAAAUUUUUUUGAAACUAAAGAAUAUGUGAAUUAUAAGUAAUGAUAUUUUAACAAAAAAUUUUUUGUCUGUGACAUUAAGAUUUUUUAUACAUUGACUAUUACAGAAAUUAUUGAGAACAGAAUUUAUACAGAAAGGUAUUUCUGAAAAAAAAAAAAAAAAAAAAAAAAAUUAAAAACAAGUAGUUAAGAAAUAAAGACAAAUCGAGAUCAAUUUUAAUAUGGUUAUAAUCAGUGUUGGAGCAUGUCAAUUGGUAUUAAAUUGGCGUCUUCCGUUUAUUCCACUGUUAUUAUGACUAGUAUAAAUGUAUGUGAGCAAAUUUGCUAAUACAUUAUAAAAUUAAAAAGUUUACAAAAUUUUCGAUACAAUACUGACAUUAUCUUUGUUAAUAGGAAACCAUAAUCAAUUAGUUAAAUACAACGCAGGUUUUCCUAUCUCGUAUUUAAUGAAAGAAUGUAUGCAGUUUGUAUUAUAAAUUAUUUUAUUAGAUAAAUUCUUUAUUUCAAAUCAUUACACGGAUCUGAGUGGAUCGUAAAUGAACCGAACCGAACCGAACCGAAUCGAGUCGAAUGAAUGACGUUAAAUUUUUCAAAUGAAAUGGGUAUGCACAAUUAAUAAUUCAAGGUUUAUAAAGAAAAAAAAAUUUUCCAACGAAUCCAAAGGUCGAGACGUCGCAUAUUCAAUUCAUUUGAUUCGACGAAUGAUGUAUCAUUGGACUCGAUUAUUUAGAUCGAAUGAAACAAACGAUUUGCUCAGGUUUAAUUAGGCAUUUUAUAUAAUGUUAUUAAUGUACGUAUUGUAGCUCGUUUAAUACCUUUAACUGCAGAGAAAGAAAGAGAGAGAGCUGUGUAUAUGUUCUUGUUACACUUAUCUUCUGCAAAUCGAAACUGCAAGGAAAAUGGAAAAAAAGAAAAAUGUUUUAAUCCAUGUAUCAUAUAUACUUAAUCGUUUAUAUAGAACUUAUUUGUAAAAUAUAUCUUUUUCACAAUGAAA